AUUGCAUUAAGAAUUAAGUUAAAUUUUUCUGUUUAGAUUUUACUCUUUGUCACUGGUAUAAGAAACAUUUUAUUUAUGCAUAAAGUUCCAAAAAACCCUGAGCCUUAAAUGCAAACUCAUUUUAAAAAGAACAUUUUCGAAAUUUAAACUUAGCAGUGUGACCGCAUUUGGAAAAAUUACCGAAAAACAAGGGAAUAACAAUAACGCAGCCGGUGUAUUCAGUCCGCAUUGAAAAAUGAUAGAUUGGUAAGAUCGGAAUGCAGCGUCUCCUGUUCAGAAACUAUGCCAGCAAGGCUAGCCGGGAGCGCUACGCCAGCAGCAGUCUCAAGAUCUACCGCAAGGCGAAACCACUGCCAAAGACGACGCCCAACAAGCCUAAACAGGCGGAAAACAAUGGGGUGGACUGCCUAGCGGAGUACGCGGAGAAUCUCGUCAAGGUGCAAAUGAUCUCGCGGAAUCUGCACGCGCAGCUUUUCCCGCAGGCGCCGCGCAUCGUUUCCGAGGAGCAGCUUGCCUCCGCCAAGACUUACCAGGAUGAGUUGCGCCGGCAUGGUGUCGAUAUUGAAAGCAGUACUCCUCAGCCAGACGUCCAGUUGAAGCUGCCGCAGCUGCGAGGCGCGAAUAUCGAGGAGCACUUCCACAACAUUGCCAGGGAGCAGGUGCAGCCUUACGAGGAGCUGCUGCUGCCGCUGGUGCAGUGCACAGAGCUUCCAAAAAGACCCAAGAAAUGGGCCUUCUUUGCUGGCUGGACGGCGUAUGAUCCAGCAGAUGGCACUGCCACACCUGUGGAUCAUCCGGCGGAAAAAGGACUUGUUUUCGAUGUAGAGGUGUGCGUCAACGAGGGACAGGCUCCCGUUCUGGCCACUGCUGUUAGCACCGAAAGAUGGUACUCGUGGGUGAGCCCGAAGCUUACGAAACACCGUUUGAGAGUCCCCAGCGUAGAGCCCUUGGAUGGAGAGACCGAUGCAGAGAGACCUCAUCACACUCCCGAAGAACUGAUACCGCUGGGAGCCAGUGGACCCGGUCUUGUGGUGGGACACAAUGUCUCCUACGACAGGGCCAGGCUCAAAGAGCAGUAUCUAAUCGAGGACACAGGUACGCGCUUUGUGGACACGAUGUCGCUGCACAUGUGCGUAAGUGGCGUAACCAGCUACCAACGAGCCAUGCUCAAGUCUAAGAAGGAGCCCGCACCAGAGGACUUGGGCUGGCUUGAGCAGAGUUCCCUCAAUAGUUUGGUCGAAGUGCACCGUCUCUACUGCGGCGGCGAGGCGCUGUCCAAAGAGCCCAGGAACAUCUUCGUGGAGGGAACUCUGGAGCAAGUGCGCCAGAGCUUUCAGUCGCUAGUCAACUACUGCGCCGGCGAUGUGGAAGCAACUCAUCGCAUCCUUCGAGUCCUGUACCCCAUGUACGCUGAGCGCUUUCCCCAUCCGGCCUCUCUAGCAGGUAUGUUGGAAAUGGGCUCUGCUUAUUUGCCAGUGAACUCCAACUGGGAGCGAUAUAUUCGCGAGGCGCAGCUCACAUACGAGGAUCUUAGCAUCGAGGCCAAGUACCAUUUGGGGCGCAGGGCUGAGGAAGCCUGCUCCCUCCUCCACGACGAUAAGUAUCGUCAAAAUCUGUGGCUGUGGGACGAGGACUGGAGCGUUCAAGAGUUGAAAAUGAAGCAGCCGCCUAAGCGGAAGCCAUUACCAAGGGAAGAAGUCGAAUCCAAUGUGGGAACUACUGUAGAGCAGCGACGUCUGCAGGCCAAGUUCCAGCAUCUGUAUGAUCAACAUUCCCUACUGCCUGCUCGUAGACCUCUGCUUCCAGGAUAUCCACUAUGGUACCGAAAGCUUUGCCGGAAGCCACCGCCGAGCAGGUACAAAAGAGAGGCGACACAAGUCCUGGAAGACACUGAGGAGGAGGACCUUUGGUCUCCGGGAGCCACCGAAAUAAGCACUGGCAUGCAAAUCGCGCCAAAGCUGCUGUCACUCUGCUGGGAGGGCUAUCCACUGCAUUACGAGAGAGAACAAGGUUGGGGCUUUCUCGUCCCUUUUCGCAACGACACUGAUGGAGUUGAUCGGCUGCCAUUGGAGCAGUUACUGGAACGUUGCCCCGUUCCGGAGUUUGCCAGGCAAAGCGCAACGCAGUCGGAGAGUGAUCUUGCCAUGGAUUCACUUUCCGAUCAACUGGAGCAGCACCUGGGCAAAAGGGAGCACUAUAAGAAGCUAUCGCAGAAACAACAGAGGCUGGAGACUCAGUAUCAAGGUUCUGGUGUGUGGUGCAAUAGGAUACUGGAGGACUGCUGCUUCUUUCUGAAGCUACCACACAAGAAUGGACCAUCCUUUCGGGUGGGUAAUCCCUUGUCCAGGGACUUCCUCAACAAGUUCUCCCAGAACGUGCUGAGCAGCGGUGAUCCGUCUUGUCAAGAGGCCACGAGGGUCGUAGAAAUUGCUCGCAUGAUGUCCUACUGGAGGAACAACCGGGAUCGCAUCAUGGGCCAAAUGGUAGUCUGGCUGGAUCAGCAGCAACUGCCUGCUGAGAUCAGGGGAGAAAAGACCCAGCUCAGGGCCUACGGAGCUAUUUGUCCCCAGGUGGUUGCCUGUGGCACCUUAACCCGUCGUGCAAUGGAGCCCACCUGGAUGACAGCAUCGAAUUCUCGACCGGACCGCCUGGGAUCAGAGCUGCGUUCAAUGGUGCGCCCCCCAGGAUUCAAGUUGGUCGGAGCUGAUGUGGACUCCCAGGAACUCUGGAUCGCCUCCGUUCUGGGCGAUGCUUAUGCUUAUGGGGAGCACGGUGCCACACCGCUCGGCUGGAUGACGCUUAGUGGUAGCAAGGCAAACGGCAGUGACAUGCACUCAAUCACGGCCAAGGCGGUUGGCAUUUCAAGGGACCACGCCAAGGUGAUCAACUACGCUCGCAUUUAUGGAGCUGGCCAGCAAUUCGCCGAGACUCUCCUUCGCCAGUUCAACCCCACAUUUAGUGCUUCAGAGGCCAAGGCCAAGGCCAUGAAGAUGUUCGCUAUAACCAAAGGAAAACGGGUGUAUCGCUUGCGUGAGGAGUUCCACGAUGAAAUGGAGGACAGGGCUUACUCCAGUUACGAGGCUUCUCGGCUGGCUAUCCAGCGGAAUCGCACCUUGGGCGAGGUCUUUCAUCGUCCCAACUGGCAAGGCGGUACCGAAAGCGCCAUGUUUAAUCGCCUGGAGGAUAUCGCCACAAAGUCACAGCCGCAGACACCAUUCCUGGGCGGGCGUCUUAGUAGGGCCUUGGAGGCAGACGGCGGUGCAGAGCAGGAGCAACGGUUUCUGCCGACCCGCAUCAACUGGGUCGUGCAGAGCGGAGCCGUAGAUUUCCUACAUCUCAUGCUGGUCAGUAUGCGGUGGCUGAUGGGACCACAUGUGCGUUUCUGUCUGAGUUUCCACGACGAGUUGCGCUAUUUGGUUAAGGAGGAUCUGGCUCCCAAGGCGGCGCUGGCUAUGCACGUGACGAACCUCAUGACCCGCUCCUUUUGCGUAUCCCGCAUUGGUCUUAGGGACCUGCCCAUGUCGGUGGCCUUCUUUUCGUCUGUGGAAGUAGAUACGGUGUUGCGUAAGGAGUGCAACAUGGACUGCCGCACGCCAUCAAAUCCGCACGGUCUGCGCAUCGGCUAUGGGAUUGAGCCUGGUCAGAGUCUAAGUGUGGCUGAAGCUGUCGAAAAAGCCGGCGGAAAUGAUAUUAGCAAAUGGAACUGGAUCAAAUAAUGUCGCUACCUCAACUUCAAUAUGCAUUUUCGUAGGGUUCGGAGAGAUCUUAAAGACUAUUGGAUGAAGUUUAAGUUCCUGUUAUUCUUAAAAUAAUUUUUAAGAAAAAAAACAUUUUGUUAAAA